AUGGUAAAACAUUUGCUUUUAAAGCAUUCCAAAGAGUUUGAACUUGCGGAAGAAAAAAAAAAGGUUCAAUCAUUGCCGUCUAUUUCUGAAGCCUCAGUUGCUUCUACCACCAAUACAGUACAAAAUACGGGGUUUAAUGAACUGAUUAAAGAUGCUUACCCCAACUACAAAUUACCAUGUGGAACAUAUUUCAGCCAAAAAGUAAUCCCUAGCAUGUAUGAUGAACUGUUUAAAGAUAUAAAAAUAGAAAUCUCCCCGGCAAACUAUUUGUCUCUGACGACAGAUAUUUGGACAGCGGAUACUGCAAAAAUCGCAUUUUUAAGCAUUACUGGACAUUGGAUAGAUCUAACUAAAUUUUCCCAAGAAACUGCUGCUCUUCAAGUAAUUCAUUUUCCGGAAAAGCACACAGGUGUUCAUAUAAAAAAGCAAGAAACCAUAGCCAAGGAAAUUUUAACUUUAUGCAGAGGAAUAACGACACAUUUUAAUCAUUCGUCAAUAGCAUGUGCAAAAUUAAAAUCAAUUCAGCAGCAGUUAAGUACUGUACCUCACAAAAUGAAACAAGAUGUUUCAACUCGCUGGAACAGUUCAUUUGAAAUGCUACAAAGAAAGUUUGAACAAAAAGUUCCUUUGGCCACCUAUGCAGCAGAAUAUGAUGAAAUUAAACUUCCUACUAAUUAUCAAUGGGGAAUAGUCGAAAAACUUGUUCACAUUUUUACUCCAUUUGAAAACUUAACAAAAAAAUGUGGUAGGAAGGACGAAACUUACGCACAAAUUAUACCAUCUGUUCUUGCAUUAAAAGUUUUAUUACAAAAAGCUUCAUCCAGUGAUAUAUACGCUGGGAUUAUGACGAUGAUUGACGAACUAAUAAAAUCCACGAUAUAA